GUAGAUGUUCAAGCUGCUAAGUUUAAAAGAGAAUUCGAUGUACCAGAUAUCGAAAAAUUGGACAAUGAAGGAGCUACCACCUAUGCUCGAAGAACAAAACUUAAAGCUAAAAAUCUGGCACUUGAACACUUAAAACAUAAAUGGGAAGAAAAACCUCUUCAUGGUCAGUACCCAAAACGAAUUAAUGACAAAGAUGUGGAUCAAGCACAAACGUAUGAAUGGCUUAGAACAUCUGGCCUUAAAUCUGAAACAGAAGGGUUUAUCAUUGCUGCACAAGACCAGUGUAUCAAGACCAACUACUAUAGGAAUAAGAUCUUAAAAGAUGGAACAGACCCAAUGUGUAGGAUAUGUGGCAAAAACCAAGAGACUAUAGACCAUCUUGUUUCUGGCUGCUCAGAAUUGGCCAAAACAGAGUAUAUUCAUAGGCAUAACAAAGCAGCAGCAUACCUCCAUUGGGCAAUUUGUAAGCACUAUAAUAUUGAGGUCAAAGAUAAGUAUUAUGAACAUGAACCAUCAACUGUAGAAGACAAUGAAGAAGCUACUAUACUGUGGGAUAUGCCAAUACAAACUGACAGGGAAAUAAAGGCCAAUAGACCCGAUAUAGUAGUGAAGAAUAAGAAAGAGAAAACCUGCUUGCUUAUUGAUAUGUCUAUUCCAACUGAGAGAAACACCUCCGUAAAAACAUCAGAAAAAUUAUCCAAAUACAAAGAUCUUGAAAUAGAAAUUCAAAGAAUGUGGGGUAUGAAGACCACAACAAUACCUGUGGUAAUAGGUGCUCUCGGUCUAAUCAAGAAAGGGAUGGAAAAAUAUGUCAAGCAGAUCCCAGGUAACAUCAGGGUACAGGAAAUACAGAAGGUUGCUCUCCUUGGCACUGCUCAUAUAAUAAGGAGGGCACUGUCAAUCAAAUAAACCAUACACCCCCUCAUAGAUGCCCCAAGUCCAGGGCAUUGGACUCGGCAUCAUGAGUGAAUAGAGCAAAAUAAUUAAGAGAUAUAAAAUAAUAAUAA